CAGUUCAUUCUCAGUUGCUUGGCAAACGUUGACCCAAGCGGACGCGCAACCGGUUGAUGAAACCCGCCAGAACAAAAGAACAGGAAGAACAAAGCAACGAAGGGCAGGCAGCAAGCAGCAGGCAGCAGGAGCAGGAGUAGAAGCAGGAGGUAGUUGCCACAAGAACAGCCUCACACAAAGCCCCGGUGAAGGGAGCAGUCAGACAUCAGACAGCGGUAGGCAGGAACUACAGCUGGUUUUUACCCAGAACACACCAUCAAAGGCCCUACAGAACGGAACGGGACGGGACGGGACGGGGCAGGAAGACAGCCGAGAACAGGAGCUGGAGCUGGUUGCCAUAACAACACUGUGGCUCAGGGAAAGGGUAGGCAGACACCAGACAGUGGAAACCGAUUGCGUAUGUACAUGCGGAGGCUCGUCAUUGGCUGUCACCGACAGCAGCACCAGCAGAAGCAGCAGCUCAAAUUGACUGAAUGGUGAAAACAAAUCGUUGAAUUUGUUAAAUUCGCUGUCUAUGAGUGGUAUAGUGAGUGUGUCGAUUGCGAGAGCUAGUGUUGAGUGUUGACAGGUGAUAAUCGAUAGGGGAAUCAAUAGCAAGCACGCUGCUGGCAAAUGUUCAACACGAAGAGCGACAUUCGUCCGGCAACUGAUAACUGAGGGGAGAACAUAACGACAGAACACUGCGCUUAAAAGGCGCCAGCGCCCGUCCUCCGAGAGAGGUGGCUGACUGGUGGCUGCAGGCCACAGACACAGACACAGACACAGACACAGACAGAAACAGAAACAGAGAGACACGCACGCGGCGCCGACACGAGACACAGCAGGGAGUAGUGUAGCCGAAGUCGUCAUCGAAAGAAGCUUAUGAAAUUGAUACUGGAGCCAGCCCAUGAUUGAAAUGCGCGGAAGUUUCCACUUGUCGUUACAAUUCAAGUGUAGCCAACACCAGCACGAGCAGCAGCAGCAGCAGCAGCAGCAACACUACCAGCAGCAACACCCAAAGUAUCAGAACAGAGUGAGGCAGCAGUCGACGACGUUGACUCCACGGUUCGUUUAUAACCAUUAAUUGAUUGGCGGCGUGCGCGCAAAGAGCUCCAGCAGAAAGCGCCACACAAUUGGGCACGCCUCAUCCAAGGAACCCAAGGAACAGGCACAUCCACCAUGAAGGACCAAGAAGAGCCAUCGUUUCGCAGUCCCGUGAUCUGCAAAGACAUGGACCACACCAAAACAAAGGAGCAUUGCAGAAAGCCGCUGGGCGAGAGCCACCGGGCCGUGUUGCGACAGAAGCUGAUGGUCUUUCUGGGCAACAGCGGAGUACUCGGCUCGGGCAUGGUCAUCAGCAUGCCCUCGGUGACGCUCACCCAGCUGCACGACGAGACCCAGCCCUUCUGGCUGGACAAGGACGAGUCCAGCUGGUUCGCUUCCAUCAACAACAUGGCCUGUCCCUUGGGCGGGCUGCUGGUCAGCUAUUUCAUGGACCGCAUCGGCCGCAAGUAUACCAUCCUGGUGACCAACCUGCUGGGCCUGCUUGGCUGGCUGCUGCUGGCCACCAGCUUUCUGCACACCGACCGCGACAUGAUCUAUGCCCAGAUGCUGGUGGGUCGUGCCCUGGGGGGCAUAAUGAUCGGCAUGUUCGUGUCACCGGUGGGCGUGUACUCCGCCGAGAUCAGUCUGCCACGGAUCCGGGGAAGACUCAUAUUGGGCACCUCCAUUGGCCUCGCCGGCGGCAUCCUGAUGAUGUACCUACUGGGUUACUUCAUACGCAGCAAUAUCGUGCUCAUCUCGACGAUUAGCUGCUGCUACCAGCUGGCGGCCACUCUCCUGGUCUUCCCCAUGCCGGAGUCCCCCAGCUGGCUGCUGACCAAAGGACGCGACGAACGAGCCAGGAAAUCCCUAAGAUACUUCCGGGGCCUGCCGAAGAAAGAGGACGACUACGUGCCGGAGUUCGAGGAAGAGCUGGCGCACAUGAAGGCGACGGCCGAGAACAGUCGGACUACGGCGGCCAGCGAAUCGCUCAGCCGGCUCAUACAGCGUCCGGAGGUGUACAAGCCGGUUCUAAUGAUGACAGCCUUCUUUGGCUUUCAGCAGGCCUGCGGCGUGGUUGUCAUCAUCGUGUAUGCCGUUCAGAUAGCCCAGACGGCCGGCGUCUCCAUCGACCCCGUGCUGGUGGCCGUCAUGCUGGGCGUUGCUCGCAUCAUCAUGACCUUUUUCAUGAGCACCAUCUUCGAGAAGUGGGGCCGCAAGCCGUCCGGCAUCUUCUCCGCCUCGGGCAUGGGCCUCUGCAUGCUGCUGCUGGCCGCCGGCGGCUGGUGGCCAGAUACAGUGGGCACCUGGCACUGGCUGCCAGUUGUGUGCAUCGUUGCACACAUCGUGUUCUCCACAAUGGGCAUGCUGACGCUGCCGUUCUUCAUGAUCUCCGAGGUGUUCCCGCAGCGGGCGCGCGGCAGUGCCUCCGGCAUUGCCGUCUUCUUUGGCAUGAUCCUCGCCUUCAUCAUGCUGAAAAUCUAUCCGAACAUGGAGGCCGCCAUGGGCACUGCCAAUCUGUUUGCCUUCUACGCGUUCAUCUCGUUCCUGGCGGCCGGCUUCAUCGGCUUCUUUGUCCCUGAGACGCGGGGACGCACCCUCGAGGAGCUGGAGGAGCACUGGCGGACGGGCAAAUUCACCCGCCGGCUCACUCUCAACAACCUGAAGGAGGUGGAGCUGCACGAGCUCUUCCUGAAGAAGUAGUAGUUAAGAGAAAAUUAUCAGUGGUGUAUUCAAUCUGUGAUGUGUCAAGUACUUAGCCUUGGCAGCAAUGGAAUGCGGCCCAAACAAACCAUUUACAAAACCGAUAUCAAUAUCAAUAAACUACUCGUAAAUAAACAGAA